UCAACAACUUCAGCCUCUUCCACAUUCUCUUUUAGGAGAAAGAUUAGUGGGAUUGAUUAAAGAAAGUAAUCAUAUGAAUUGAUUGAUAUAAUUCUCUGUAAUGUAGACUCUUAAAUAUGUUACAAUAUCUACUCUCUAAGAUAUUCUUUUUAUAAGAAUCUUUUAAAACUUCAAGAAGAUUCAUUUAAUGAUUUCCAGUAAUGGUGAAGAAAAAUAUCCAACUAAAAACAAAAAAAAGCAGAAAAAUAUCCUAUCCUAUCAUUAUCCUAAUUUUAGAAAAAAAUAAAUAAAAAAAAAAGUUUAACAAACCUAAUUUAAUCGUGCGUAGAUAUAUCUAAAGCAGUGAUAUACUUUUCUUCUUCAACCGUUUUAUAGACUCUAUUGAUCUCCCGGAACUUUCUGUUACCUUCCCAUGGAUAAUCAGAAGUCGCCGAAGCAACCAACCUCCCAAGACUUCACCAAAGCCGCCUUCAAGCUUCUUGCGAAUCCCCACGUUGAACCGACGGUGGAAUUCAUCGCCGCCCUCACAAAGCCACCGGAGAAUCCAGAAGAUAAAGACAUCAAGUUCUUCCGUUUCUGCGUCGCCAAUUACCCGGGAUGCUUCUCCCUCAAGCUCAUGCGUGUCUAUUCCUCGAAUGAUCCACGAGUCCCAUACCAGAUCAGAGAGAUUGCGAUGAUAUUACUCCACGUUAUCUUCAUCAUAGAAGAAGCCUCUUUGAAUUUGGCAGUGGUUCACAUACUUUCGCCUAUACUCAUAUCAUGCCUUGAAGAACAAGUUAUCUCGAACAACAGUUUAAAGAUUCUUUCCAUGCUCGUGAACCGUGUCGCUUUCGAGAUAUUCACCAUUCAGGAAGAAACGUGGUAUGACCUGCGUGAGUUUAUCUCGUCUAAAGCGGAAUCAGAGUUUGCGAAAGCGGUUUCCGUGUUCAAGAGCUUGUCGAUGCCUUUGGAUGGAGAGGAGUUUUUGAUUCCUCUCAUGGAUAAUCUUCUUCCAGCGAUCUUAAAACGUUUAGGUAACAAAGAGGAAGAGAGUUCGAGCCAGUGGGGUUUGGCCUUUGUGGGUGGUUUCUGUGCGGCGGUUCACUUGUUGGAGACGACACGUGUUGAUUUGGUGGAGAAUCUUGCGAAUGAGAUGUUGAAAUCGGUGAAGAGAGGAAUGGAAUUAGGGUUUCUUGGGAAAGCUCUUAGGGAAGUUGAAACCGCUGUAGUGGAACAAUUAUGGUGGUAUUGUACUACAGAAUUCAGAUUCGUAUUGGGUUUGAUUAGUAGGAUUGAUGCGAUUGUCACUGAGGAGACAGCGAAGAAUGUGUUGCAAAGGAUUAAGAUAGUUGUGAAGAAGAAGAUGCUUGAAUAUGUUUAAGAGAUUGGUAAAUGGUGACGAAGAUUGGCUUAAUGAGAGCCAUUGAAUUUGGAUGCUUCUUGCCCAAGUAAACAAAUUCUUAGGGAAUGUUUUGGUUUUGAAUUGUGUAGUUUGGGUGUUUAUACUUUAUAUUUUGGUGUUACGUACGAGUGGAUUAAAUCAAACAGAGUUUUUGGAUUUAUAGUUUUUUGCAUCUUUGGUCAUUUACUGGAAAAACUUUAAGCUUUAAAUUUUUUACUUUGAGAUAAUAUAUCAUUAUUUCUUUGUGUU